CGGACGUUUCGGUGUUUGGCGAAGGUAAUCGGGGUGAUUUGGAGUUGGAGGGAUUUCAUUCAAACAUGGCGUCACUUAUUGUUGUAACUUGUGUGCAUCAAUGAAUCAAAAAGUCUGAAAGGAAAACAAUAACAAUAAAUAUGUCGAAGUCGGAGGAAACAACAGCAGUUAAUGCUAACCCUGAAACUGAUACAACAACAACACCAGCAGUAGCAGCAGGGACAACAACUACAAAUUCAAAUACAACUCCAGCAACUUCAUCAUCAGCAGCAGCAGCUGAAGGUGCAGGUGAUAAUAACGAAAAUGAUUCAAACGACUCAUCUGGUGAAACAUCAUCCUCUCGAGGUGGUGAUUUUGAAACAAAACUGGAGACAGAUCGCAGUAAGAGAUUCGAUUAUUUACUUCGUCAAACAGAAAUAUUUUCUCACUUUAUGACAAAUAAUCAAAAAGACAAAGGAACAAGUCCAUUGAAGGUUAAACCGGGUAGACCAAGAAAACAACCACAGCCAAAUGAAAAAUUACUAUCAUCAGGAACAGCAGCAGCAGAUAACAGCACGUCAGCAGCAGCAUCUGGAAAUGCUGCAGGUGGCGGAGGAACAGACGCAUCUGGUGAUCAUAGACAUCGUAAAACAGAGCAAGAGGAAGAUGAAGAAUUAUUGGCUGAGUCAAACAGUAAUAUUGCCCAAAUUACACGCUUUGAAUCCUCACCUCAUUAUAUUAAAAACGGUGAACUGCGUGAUUAUCAAAUACGUGGGUUAAAUUGGAUGAUAUCAUUGUACGAGAACGGUAUAAAUGGUAUCCUAGCUGAUGAAAUGGGUUUAGGUAAAACAUUACAAACGAUAUCAUUGCUUGGUUACAUGAAACACUUCCGUAACAUACCGGGACCUCAUAUUGUUAUCGUACCGAAAUCUACGUUAGCUAAUUGGAUGAACGAAUUCAAAAAAUGGUGUCCAACACUGCGAGCUGUAUGUUUAAUCGGUGAUGCUGAGACACGUAACACAUUUAUACGUGACACAAUGAUGCCUGGUGAAUGGGACGUAUGUGUGACAUCAUACGAAAUGGUCAUCAAGGAAAAAUCAGUAUUCAAAAAAUUUAAUUGGCGCUAUAUGGUAAUUGAUGAAGCGCACAGAAUUAAAAAUGAAAAAUCAAAAUUGUCUGAAAUAUUACGUGAAUUUAAAACAGCUAACAGAUUACUACUUACUGGUACACCAUUACAAAAUAAUUUACACGAGCUAUGGUCGUUGUUAAACUUUUUACUACCAGAUGUAUUCAACAGCUCUGAUGACUUUGAUUCCUGGUUUAACACAAAUAGUUUUCUAGGUGAUAAUUCACUUGUUGAACGUUUGCAUGCAGUACUACGUCCAUUUUUAUUACGUCGUUUAAAAUCAGAAGUUGAAAAGGGUUUGAAACCCAAAAAAGAAAUAAAAGUAUAUAUUGGUCUAAGUAAAAUGCAACGUGAAUGGUACACUAAAGUAUUAAUGAAAGACAUUGAUAUUGUAAAUGGUGCUGGUAAAAUUGAAAAAAUGCGUUUGCAAAAUAUAUUGAUGCAGUUGCGUAAAUGUUGUAAUCAUCCGUAUUUGUUUGAUGGAGCUGAGCCAGGACCGCCGUACACAACAGACGAACAUUUAGUAUAUAAUUGUGGUAAAAUGGUUAUACUUGACAAAUUAUUACCUAAAUUACAGCAACAAAGUUCACGUGUAUUGAUAUUUAGUCAAAUGACACGAAUGUUAGAUAUAUUAGAAGACUAUUGUCAUUGGCGGCAAUUUAAAUACUGUCGUUUAGACGGUAAUACUGCACAUGAAGAUCGUCAACGUCAAAUAAAUGAGUACAAUGAAAAAGACAGUGAUAAAUUUAUAUUCAUGUUAUCAACACGUGCUGGUGGUCUUGGUAUCAAUUUAGCGACGGCUGAUGUUGUUAUUAUAUUUGAUUCUGAUUGGAAUCCACAAAUGGACUUGCAAGCGAUGGAUCGUGCUCAUCGUAUUGGACAGCAAAAGCAAGUACGUGUAUUUAGAUUCAUAACUGAAAAUACUGUCGAAGAAAAAAUCGUUGAGCGCGCUGAAGUUAAAUUACGUCUUGAUAAAUUAGUCAUACAACAGGGACGUUUAGUUGACGCUAAACAAACAGCGUUAAAUAAAGAUGAAAUGCUUAAUAUAAUUCGUCAUGGCGCUAAUCAAGUAUUCGCAUCAAAAGACAGCGCGAUAACAGACGAAGAUAUUGAUACGAUUUUACUAAAAGGUGAAACGAAAACUGAAGAAAUGAAACAGAAACUUUCAACACUUGGUGAAUCGUCAUUGAGAAAUUUCACAGUCGAUGCACCAACAGAUUCAGUAUAUCAAUUUGAAGGUGAAGAUUAUCGUGAGAAACAAAAAAUAUUAGGUAUUGGUAAUUGGAUCGAACCGCCUAAACGUGAACGCAAAGCCAAUUAUGCUGUUGAUGCAUAUUUUCGCGAAGCAUUAAGAGUUUCUGAACCAAAAGCACCCAAAGCACCACGUCCACCAAAACAACCGAUAGUACAAGACUUUCAAUUUUUCCCACCACGUCUUUUCGAAUUACUUGACCAAGAAAUAUAUUACUUUCGUCAAAGUGUUGGCUACAAAGUACCGAAAAAUCCAGAGCUCGGUUCUGAUGCGACACGAAUUCAAAAAGAAGAGCAAAGAAAAAUAGAUGAUGCGCAACAAUUAACAGACGAUGAGAUAAGUGAAAAAGAAAAAUUGUUAACUCAAGGAUUCACAAAUUGGACUAAGAGAGAUUUCAACCAGUUCAUAAAAGCCAAUGAAAAAUACGGACGUGAUGACAUUGAAAAUAUUGCUAAAGAAGUUGAAGGCAAAACACCUGAAGAAGUUAUGGAGUAUUCAGCUGUUUUUUGGGAACGUUGUCAUGAAUUACAAGAUAUUGAUCGUGUUAUGGCACAGAUAGAACGUGGAGAAGCUAAAAUACAACGACGUGCUGGAAUUAAAAAAGCACUGGACGCUAAAAUGGCUAGAUAUCGUGCACCGUUUCAUCAACUGAGAAUCGCCUAUGGAACGAAUAAGGGCAAAAAUUAUACUGAAGAAGAAGACAGAUUUUUAGUUUGUAUGCUGCAUAAACUUGGAUUUGAUAAAGAAAAUGUUUAUGAAGAAUUGCGUGCUACUGUACGUUCAGCUCCACAAUUUAGAUUUGACUGGUUUGUUAAAUCCAGGACAGCAUUAGAACUACAAAGAAGAUGCAAUACUCUUAUUACUUUAAUUGAACGUGAAAAUCAAGAGCUGGAGGAACGUGAAAGACAGGAACGUCGUAAAAAAGGUACCGGUGGUAAUGUUGGAACAAAACCUACUGGUAAAAGGAAGCAAGAAAAUUUGCCAGCUCCUCAAGACAAACCAAGAAAGAAGAAGAAAUAAAUUAUUUUCCAUCAUUUAUCGUAUCACUGAAAUUUCUUGUAUCCUUUCUUUUUUUUAUUUUAUUAAUUAUUAGUUAGUAGAUUGUAACAAGUGUUUGUCAUAACUGUCAUAAUUAAUUAUAAGUAUUCAUUUAAAGUUUUUAUAUUGAUAUUAUUAUUAUCAUUAUUAUUGUUGGAUUUAUUUAUCAAAACUUUCGUUUUAAUUUAGUAUUAUUUAACUAAUGUAAUAAUGAUAAUAAUCAUAAUCGUAGAGAUGUUUUGGAUAACACCAAUUUUUGACAAACAAUAUUUCGAUUUUUCAUCACUUAUGACGUCUUUUGUCGCGAAUUUAUUUAAAUUUUUUAAUGCUCAGCUGAAAAAAAAUUAAUCAUUUUUUUUAAGCCGUAAAUUAUAGUUUGAGUAAAAUUAUAAUAAUAAUGACAAAUUUAUUU